UCACUUGCCACACCGUUCAGUUACGUGCAGGUGCUGCGCCGGUGCGCAUCAUAUAGCGAUGCGAACGAAUUGGUUGGGCGUAAACGAACCGUGACGGCGAACCGCGAUCAUCGUGUGUGCUGCGCGAGUUGUCACCAUAGUACCCCGUGCAGUUCCAAUCAGUUCAGCGUACGUGUUUGUGUGUGUGUUUGUGUUUUUGGUUGCGAUUGCGGGAAUCAUCGCGGGAAUUAGUUGCAUUUUUUUUUACGGUGGAUAGACGAUAAAUUGGAGCCAGCCCUAUCAUAGUGUGGGAACUUACACAACGAGUGAAAGGAAUCGUGUUUGCUCUAUGCUUUCUUAGGCAAUCGUUGAUACACUUUUUUUUGCUUGCGUAUCGGUUGAAUUGUCACAAAUGCGUUAAUUUGGUUCGGUGAGGCAGUUUCUUGAAGCACGCGGCAUAGCAGAAGGAUCAAUGCUGUAGGGCUUUUCAUAUCAUAGGGAGAGAGAGAGAGAGUUGAAACCACGCCGUACCCCUUGGCAAAGCUCCUAAGUGGAUUUGUGACCAUCAAUCACACUCCAUUUCGGUACUUCCGGUUUGCUUGCUCUUGUCCCUUUCCGUUGCAUAAAAUCCCUUGACCGCAGGUCAUAAGGAACGCUAGAAGAGCGCAGUCCCAUGAAACGUUACGCAACUACAGGCUAGUCCGCAACGCAUUUUCCGCGACCGCCCCCAGUCUUUGGGCCAGAAGGACUGUUCCGCACAAACCCAAAAGCGCCGCUUAUGAGUCUACCUCAAUCGAUAAAGAAAGUGCCAAACAUAAUUGUUGCCUCCGUGUGUACCUGUGCUGUAGAGCACGCACCAUACCACAUUGCCACGCCGACUGUGACUCAUGAAGGUGGUGACGGUUGAAAAACGGUGCUACCAUUUUGCACGUCACUGUGGUGGUGUUGUGGUAUUGCGAUUUUUAAUUGUUUUUUCUUUGUAACAAAAAUCCGCUCGCUAUAGUUAUGCAAAUUUAUUAUAAAGAAUAGAAUAGGGGUAAAAGAAAGCCUAGUCCACCCGAGUCGUGGCGUGUACACUGCGUUGUUGGCGGCGACGUGAUGAGAGCGCGUUCAACACAUAAAACAAAGCGUUGACAACGCAAUGAAGCGUCAGCUGCCCCCCCCCAGCAAAGGGACGGUGUACAACAACUAAACAAAAAAAAAAAUACUUAUGGCACCGGGCCGCUUAUGUCACCUGUGCGACCUGUGUCCUCGUCCUCCUCCUUCUCACUUCUUGUUAGGCUGUUAGAGCUGUUCGCAAACGCCCUUGAAAGACGUCGCUGAACCACUUUUCCGUCACGUUUUCGGGUGGGCUUCUGGUUUGUUUGGCCUCCGUGCGUCGUUCGGCAUUGUUAUGGUAACGGAUUAGCUGACGACGGUAUGCGUACGUAGCUGCGUACGGCGAGCGCUGCUGCUACGGUAGUAGUAGGCGUACGUUUCUCGCGCGCGCACACCGACUGCCGCUCAUUCGCGUAAACGGUGGCGGUUGGCCUAUUAGUGGUUAGCGGCCAGCGGACGAUUCAUCAUUACAGUGCACAAGAAGGUGAUCCUGUAGGUUCCAAGAAAAGAUCCACGAUACAGCUAGUGUGAAUGAGGUGAUAACGAAAUGAAAACAGAAAAAUACAGUGUAAACGUUACGUUUAGUGCAGUUGAAGUGAAAAUUGCGCCCAAGCACGUGUUUUAAAUAGCGCAAAGCGAAGUGUGGAUGGCAUGUGAUGCGAAGCGAGAGAAAGGGCUGCUUUAUUGGUGAUCGUGAUUAGUGAGAAAUAUCACAGCGGCCGCCCUACAACAAAGCGGCUUAACGGGCGAUCUGUAUCGAACGAUCGAAAUCGAAGUCCAUCCGCAACACCAAGCAGUAGUGUGGCUAAUGAGCGAAAGCAACGGACGCCGCUGCCCGCGCCAACAACCAGCACUGCCCAGUUUGGAGUGUCGUCCGAGUGAAACGUUCCCGCACGGUGGUGCUGCUGUUUGAUGAUAAUGGCGCCAGGAAAAUGGUGGCACUGGAGCACACGCCGUGCCUACAUUGCGUGUCUUAUCGGUAUUGUACUCACCCUGUGUCAAACGAUACCACACGCCAAAGGUCAAAGGGAUAAUGGUUCGCUGGUGGUGGUGCAAGCGUUACCACCAUCGUACUUUAGCGUUACAACGCCUACUGCAACGGAACCGUUGCUGCGACACAAGGCAUCGACCGAGCCCGCAGAGCUGUCGGAAGAAAGUUUCACCUCGGAAAGUAGCUUCCUGUCGAGCGAAGAUGUCUCCAGCUCCAAUAACUCACAGCCGGAUCAUCCAAACAGUUCGAGUGAAACUUCUUCCAGCUCACAAGAAAUGGAAGGGUUAAGUGCUCAAAGCGCAGAAGACGCUCAACAAUCGAUGGUAGUUACAGCUGCCAGUAACAAUCAGUAUGAAACGAGUUCAAACACUUCACCAAAGCUGCUGGCGGAACCGACGGAAGAUCAUCUCAUUGGAAAUGUCACCACCCGUCCAAUGGUAACUAACGCAACAACAACAACAACACCAGCAUCGAUUGCAGAGGAUACAACAGAGUCCGAAAGCACGGAAAGCAACUGUACCGGCCGUCCAUUCAUAGACCUGGCUCGCACUGGCAAUUUGGAGCGCUAUCGGCAUCAGCGGACGUUUGCACCGGUACCAACGAUACGGGCGGGAAGGAGCCAGCGUACAUCGGAGCCCCAGGUACAGCUGCUCAGUGCAAGAAGUGGCGCUGGACAGGAGCUACCUCCGGCGAGCGGUGAGAAUGAGGACGUGGAGCUACAUGCAGCACAGUACGGCUACCGGAUGUAUCGGCUCGAAGGUGAACUGAUGCUAACGAUGAUGAUGGAGACGGAUGAUUUUGGGGCAACGCUGCUAGCGAUCGAUCGCAUCAAUGACCUUCGACUGUUGGCCAGCGGGGGAGACGCUAGUAUAGGUUUGAACAUCAUUCACCUCCUCAACAUCUCCCUCAGCCAGCGAACGCUCCAGCAGGAAGUGAACAUCCUUAAGGAGUGUUCCACCAACACGAUCGGCAUCUUCGUCAGCCCGCGGCUCUGGCCCUCGGUGCGGCUGCUGUCCGAAACGCUGGAUUACAACAUCUUCCCGCUUCCGUCGACGAACGAUGCCCUGUUCACCAAAGCGGCACACCUGCUGUACGAGCUGCCCUGGACGAACGGCAACUCGUCCGCCAUGGUGUACUCGGGCUCGAACGAGCUGUCCACCCGCUUCAAUGCCAUCUGCCGGCACGAGCAUCUCUGUCUCGAGAACUACCCCAGCAGCGACACCAUCUACAUCCAGCUGGGCCUGGAACCGGCCAUCAGCUUUGCCAUCAACGGUACGCUUGUGCUCGUCCUCACCGCGCACGAUCGUUUGUAUCUUCCUGAUCUUCCUGUUGGUGCUUACGUGAUUGCGGAAGCAGAGCUGAAUGUGGCCUCGCUCGGCCACUCCUGGGAACGGUACGGCACCAGCAUCCGCGGCUCGGAACUGCUCGUCACUGGCGGGCUGUUGCUGGAGGUGAUCGAUCUGCUGAACCGCCCCGGAAGCGACUGUCGCAAUGCCAGCAUCGAGUGUAUGAACAAUUGGAAGUAUCAUGCGAAACGAUCAAGCACGGAGGUACUCAACCAUCUCCAGCUGAAGAAUGCCACCCAGUCGAUUAAGUUCGAGCUGCGGCAGAAACGAACCAUCGUGCACGUUCGUGCAAACGAUACCGAGCCAGCAGCCACCGCCGAUGCGGAUCCAGCCGCGACCGAGCUGAAGUUAGUCGCCAGCUCGAACGCGAUCACCAACUACACGACCGUGUACGGGCGGCUAGCGACCAGCCCGGACGCACCGUCGAAGCUCGGCACGAUCUUUUACUGCGCGAAAGAGUUCGAAAUACGCCAUCCGGAUUUCAUCGAGCGACACCAUCGGCCCCCUGUGUACUACGGCACGUCCACCGACGCGGAGGAGUACGGCGACAUGUACUGGCAGCUCAAGAUGGAGGCGUGGGUUGCGGCCGGCCUUACCGUAUCGUCGCUGGGCAUACUGCUCUGCGCCGCGAUACUGAUCUUUCUGAUCGUGCGCGUCUGCAUGGACGACAUCCUGGAGGGGCACCCGCUCGGUAGCAUUUUGCUGCUGAUAAGCUUGAUACUGCAGUUUGCCGCCUUCAUACCGUUCAGCCUGGAGUACACGGGCUACACGACGGAUCUGGCGGGCCAUCGGACGGACACGAUGCUGACCUGGAACGCGCACUGCACGGUGAAGAUCUUCCUCGUGUCCAUGUGCUACUGCAUGACGUUCUCGCUGCUGCUGUGCCGUGCGAUCAUGCUCGCCUCGAUCGGCAGCGAGGGUGGCUUCCUGUCGCACAUCAAUGGCUACAUCCAGAGCGUCAUCUGCGGCUUCAGCACGCUGGUGCAGCUCGGGCUGUCCACGCAGCUCGUGAUCGUGCUACACGCGAACGCACGCAGCAUCUCCUGCGGCGAGAUUUACUACGGCCACUGGUUCUGGGCGGUGAUUGCGUACGACGGUGUGCUGCUGGUGUCGCUCAUCUUCCUUGCGCCGUUCAUUUUCCGCUCGCAGCGCAACUACCGGGAGGGGCUGCUGCUCGUCACGGGAUCGGUGCUGUGUUUGGUUAUCUGGACGGUUUGGAUUCCGCUGUGCAUGUUCGGGUACGAAUGGCGGGAAGCGGCCAUUUCACUCGGCAUGGUUGCCACUGCGCUGGCCGUGCUGGUGGGCAUCAUGAUACCGCGCUGCUUCCUGAUGGUGCGCAGCAUCGCACGAUCGGAUCUGGUGCAGGCGCUACCCUCGCUCACGUCGCUCGCCUUUGCCCAAGCAAAUCAGUUCAUUUCGGACCAGAGUGUCUAUGAAUGCGUCAAUCCGGCAAUGCGCCAACGAUCACCCACGGACGAUAGUUUCGUGAUGGAUCAGGACCUCGACGAGGCGUACUCGGCAAACAGCGAAAUUCCAACGCUACCACUGCGGGGCCAGCGACGCUUACGGCAGGAAAAUGGCACCAUUACCAUGAGCACCAGCAAUGGCACGAUUGGCGGCAAUCAUAAUGGCACGCUCGUAUCACCGAUGGAUCGACCGGUGGGCAACGUGACCCACAUAGCACCCAACUUUUACGGCAUCUCCAAUCCGUACAGCUGUUCUGACUCGAUCACAUCCAUUUCGCCGAACAAAAUUACCCGAUUCUAGAGCGUUCUAGCAGAGCUCCGCUACACUUCACAGACUCGGUGCAAUCGCAUACAUUCUAGUCAUAAAGAGGAAGCAAAAAAAAGCCAACCGAUGUUUUUUUACACAUCGUUGCACCGUUAAGUUGGUGUUUCUGCGUGGCGCGCGCGUGUGUGUGUUUUUUUAAACUUUCAUCACCGUGAGAGACAAUGUUUAUUUCCAUGUACUCAACAUCGAUAUCUUUCGAUGUUUUAUUCCGUAAGCUUAAUGUAAGAAUUAAUUUAUUGUAAUGCAUACGAAAUAAAAUGGACACACGAAACAAGAACAA